GCGGCUCGGCGUGACGGCUCUGGGCCCCGGGCAGGAUGUACACGCUGCUGUCGGGGCUGUACAAGUACAUGUUCCAGAAGGAUGAGUACUGCAUCCUGAUCCUGGGCCUGGACAAUGCCGGGAAGACGACCUUCUUGGAGCAGUCAAAAACCCGGUUUAACAAGAACUAUAAGGGGAUGAGUCUCUCCAAAAUCACCACCACCGUGGGUCUGAACAUCGGCACUGUGGACGUGGGAAAAGCUCGCCUCAUGUUCUGGGACUUAGGGGGGCAGGAAGAGCUGCAGUCUUUGUGGGACAAGUACUAUGCGGAGUGCCACGGUGUCAUCUACGUCAUCGACUCCACGGACGAGGAGAGACUGUCGGAGUCCAAACAGGCCUUUGAGAAGGUGGUUUCAAGCGAGGCGCUGGACGGCGUCCCCAUCCUGGUUCUGGCCAACAAGCAGGAUGUGGAGACCUGCCUCUCCAUACCGGACAUCAAGACCGCGUUCAGUGACUGUACCUGCAAGAUUGGCCGGAGAGACUGCCUGACCCAGGCUUGCUCGGCCCUCACGGGCAAGGGAGUGCGUGAGGGCAUCGACUGGAUGGUGAAGUGCGUUGUGCGGAACGUGCACCGGCCGCCGCGGCAGAGGGACGUCACGUAGCGCGGCAGUCCUCACGCUGGCUCGGCUGCGGACCCUGGGCCCUGGGCUCGCUUUGUCUCUUGGUUCUUUCACUCGCUCUAUUUUCUCUAAGAAACUUUUUUCUGUGACUGGAAAAGUAGGCAUCCGGAGGGUUUUGCUGAGGGGUAUGGGGCUCCCGGACCAGCCUGGCUCCACACAGACCCUGGGCCCAGGGCCCUCUCGGGGCCAGGUGUUAGGGGGC